AUGAAAAUCGGAAGAGGAAGAAGGGUUAAGAGGCGGCUAUAUUCGAGUUUCCAAGCUACUUGGGGAUGGGGUGAGCUCCGAGGCACUCUGCGGGCCACCUACGAGGACAACGAGGCUGUUCACUUGGUCAUGGAGCUGUGCGAGGGAGGGGAGCUUUUCGACAGGAUAGUGGCGCGUGGACACUACAGCGAGAGGGCCGCAGCGGCAGUGGCGAAGACGGUGGCGGAGGUGGUGAGGAUGUGUCACCAUAACGGGGUUAUGCAUCGUGACUUGAAGCCGGAGAAUUUCUUGUUUGCGAACAAGAAGGAGAAUUCGGCUCUCAAAGCGAUUGAUUUUGGGCUCUCAGUGUUUUUCAAGCCUGGUGAAAGGUUUUCUGAGAUCGUGGGGAGUCCUUACUAUAUGGCACCGGAAGUUCUGAAAAGAAACUAUGGACCUGAAGUCGACAUUUGGAGCGCCGGUGUGAUUCUUUAUAUUUUGUUAUGUGGGGUUCCUCCCUUCUGGGCUGAAACCGAGCAAGGCGUUGCUCUAGCAAUUUUAAGGGGAGCAAUUGAUUUCAAGAGGGAACCAUGGCCUCAAGUUUCAGAUAGUGCAAAAAGUCUCGUUAGGCAGAUGUUAGAGCCCGAUCCCAAAAGGCGUUUGACAGCCCAGCAAGUGCUCGAUCACCCGUGGAUACAAAAUGCAAAGAAGGCAUCGAAUGUUCCCCUUGGAGAUAUUGUGAGGGCCCGACUCAAGCAGUUUUCUGUUAUGAAUAGAUUCAAAAAGAAAGCACUACGGUUAUGCUUCGGCCGCCACCACCACCUCCAAUUCGUCAAGCCGGAGGCUACCCAGCCGAAGGGCCUGAUGCAGGAUGAGCUAUUGGCCCUCCCGACAAUUGGGCGUCCAAUAAGAGCUUUUUAUAUUGGGAAAUUAUCCCAAAAAAUUGCAAUUAGAACUAUGGAAAUGGGUUUCAUUCCACAUAUUCUUGCAUAA